AUGUUAGUGGGUCUAGCUGUUGGAUUCAUCACAAGUGUGGUCCCUCUGUUGAAACCACACGAGAUGUCCUGUAGAGCUGAGUAUUUCGGUGUUAUGGCUUUCACAACAUUAGUAUCCACAAAUCUGGCUCUAAAGUGCAACAAGAUAUACGAGAUAUUCCGGGCUGCUAACAGUUUUGAGACUCCUAGAUGCGGUUGGAUGAUGAAGAAGACAAUUCUGGUUAACUUGUUGUCUCUGCUCUUCACCCUGACUCUAGCACUACUGGAUGUGUUGGUCUGGGGACCCAGCUGGAUAAAAGAGAGACUACACAAACACCAUAACCCUUACUAUCUGGUAUGCCAAUCGCACGAUAACCACAGUUUCUUCAUCCUAAUAAUUCCUCUUAUUUUCCCAGCGGUCGCUUUCAUCGUCGCCCUAGUCCUAGCAUUCAAGAUGCGGAACUUCCCCCACAAUUUCCGGGAAACACUGAACAUAUUCGCAGCAACCCUGAUAGCUCUCUUGUGUUGCAUUAUGUUCUUAACGGGGUACUCCCUUGCGGAAAACUAUUUUAAAGGUCUCCUCAGGGCUAUAGUGACCUUCGUUACAUCUCUCUCAUUCCUUCUCUGUAUCUUUCUACCAAAGAUCUAUUUCCUGUUCAAGAAUCAUAACGAGGACGCCACCAGAAGGGAGUUGAAGAAUUAUAUUAACCGAGCCCAGACUAUAGUUAACAGAGUUAGUACAAGGACUGUCUCGUCAUCAAUAACUUCUCACUCAUAG